AUGUCGAAACAUCCCCUUCCUGUUUACCCCCAGUGGAAAAGCACCAUACAGCUCAACUUGUCCUGGUCCCCCAACCUAGUACCCACCCCCGUGACCCUCUGGUACGGCAGAAGCCCCAUGAACAUCAUUGUUCCUGAAAAUGAACUGAUGAUAUCCUUCCAGAACUGGACUGUUACCCGCAAAUAUGUAAUACUAGCCGUGUUAUGCCUCGCCUCUUUCUCCGGCGCCAUUGCGCCUUUAUCGGGACAGCUCAAUUUGGCUGAUCAGGAGAAACUGUACAACAAGACGAAGCUGGAGGAGUCAUAUGCGAACUCAGCCGCCCUAGCCGGCAUGGCGGCAGGCCCAUUCUUCUUCGCCCCGAUAUCUCACAUGCUCGGUCGCAGCUCCGUGAUCUUCUGGUGUGUGCUCUUCACGCUAGUAUGCCAGAUCUGGGGCGCUGUCAUGACCGACCCUGGUAACUAUAUCGCAUACGUGAUCUCCCGGCUCUUUGCCGGCUUCUUCGGUGCCGUGCCUACAGUGCUUGGUCCUCGCAUCGUGACCGAUCUGUUCUUCUUGCAUCAGCGUGGCCGCGCUUUUACUGCUCUGCAUAUGUCAUUCUUGUUUGGAACUAUUGCCGGUCCGACCUUCUCGGGUUUUGUUUCUGCGCACUCUUUUUUCCCGGUUGAGUUCUGGUGGACGGUCGGUCUACUGGGGUUCACCCUUAUCUGCUGUUUCUGUUUCCUUGAGGAAACUGGAUUCGAGCGUGAAUGCUUUGAGAAGAACCCGGAUGUUCCAGGUGGAAUUUUGGCCAAUAGAUUCGCGACUUUCUUCUUCGGGCAGAAGGUUGUCUUGCCGACUACCUGGAAAGAGACGGCCAAAGUCGGAAUCACCCCCUUUUUAAUCGGCAUGUGUCCUGUGACAAUCAUCAUGGGGAUAUUCACAUUAAUCUCUUUCGGGUUCUACGUUGGAGUCAACGCACUCACGCCGGUAUGGCUCCAGAAACCCAUUUCAGAAGGUGGCUACGGGUUCUCACUGGAGCAAAACGCGGCAUUCACAUUCUGCCAUUGGAUUGGCAUCAUCGUGGUCCAAUUCUACGGCCACUAUCUGAACGACCGGUUGCCGCUCGCACUGGCGCGACGGUACAACGGCGGUGUUUGGAAGCCCGAGUAUCGACUGCAUGUACUGUGGAUUCCUAGUCUUGUGAUCAACCCAAUUGGCCUGGGGAUCUUCGGUGCCGCGUUGCAGUAUCAUCUGCACUAUAUGGUGCUCGCACUAGCAGUUUUUAUUGUUACUGUUGGGUCGCUGGCUAGUGUUCCUGUCACGGUGAAUUAUGUUGUCGAGUGCUUUACGCGGUAUCCAGCUGAGGCAGGUAUUGUUAUUGGUGCUUAUCGCAUUGUCUAUGGAUUGACAAUUAGCUUCUAUAUCAAUCCUUGGGUUGAGGCUGUUGAUGUUGGCUGGGUUUAUGGUAUGAUGGCUUUCUUUGCGGUAUUCUCGUUUAUGUUUGUUAUGUUGCUCAUGUGGAAGGGACAUGCUAUUCGCAAGAUUCAAUUUGCGAGCCUUGGAUCUAGCGAGGAGGGCAAACAGUUGGUAGGUAAAUAA